AAAAUCUCCAUGCCAGCUAACCCCGGCAGCUCAUUUACCGUCUCAACUUUGGGCCUGCAGUCUGUGCAUGCCGCAAGCGAGCCCGUAGAAGCGACUUUCCCAUCUCAAUAUCACCUCACAAUUAAUUGUAAUACGCUUUGCUAAGCAUCAAACCGAACGUCAAGGUGUUGUAUCAACUCAAGUUGAACCGUAAUGGCGAGCGCCGAAGAUGCGCUGGGAACGGGUCAAUUGCGGCAAGAGUUGAGUGGGCUGCAGAUCCUGCUCAUAGUCCUCAGUGCUCUCAUCGGAGCCGGCAUCUACAUGACGGACGUUGACGCGCUCCAGCUUAUUGGACCGCUUGGACUUCUGGUCGCGUUCAUGAUCCUCAGCGUUAUCGCGGCAUGCAUUGGCGACACGGUCAGCCACCUUGUGCAGCUUUUCCCUACGCCCAAUGCGGUGUUUGAAUAUGUCUACAACUUUGUUGAUCAUGAGCUCGGGUGGGUUGUCGGGUUCUCAUAUUGGUAUGCAUGGGUUACCACUUUCGCUUUGGAGAUGCUCACUGCCGCCUCUAUCACUCAGUUCUGGGGACUUGACCACGUGGGAAUCGGCGUCAUCUUCUAUGUCGCGGUGCCUGUGUUUUGUAUUGUGAUCAAUUCGAUCAACGUCAAGUAUUUUGGUUGGGUCGAGACUGUAGGUGGACUACUGAAAGUUCUGCUCAUAAUUACUAUGUCUGUUGCCUUCUACGCAGUAGCGGGAAAAUAUGGGCUCGGAACGGGUGAGAGGACGAAUAUCAGUCGAGGCUUUCAACCCAAUGAGAACUACACUAAAGAUGCAGGGACGGCAUUCUGCAUGGCCCUGCCCCUAGUUGCAUGGAGCUUUGGGGGAAUCGAAAGCACGACGAUGGCGGCCUUUGAGGCAAAGACGAUAGGAGACAUCGCGCUGGCAUCGAGAUCUAUCCACUGGAUCCUCAUCGUCCUGCAUUUCUUUUAUAUCAUCGGCAUGAUGUUCACCAUCCCGUGGGAUGUUUCUGACGUGGCGUCGUUUCACCCCUGGGUCAACAUUACCCAGGCCACUGCAGACCCCGCCAGCCUUCUGUUCAACACCUUCAAUAGCGCUGACGAGUGCAACAAGUCGACCAUCGGUGUCGUCAGGGCUAUCUGCAAUAUCAACAGGCCUCCUGGCGGGCCCCCAAAUGCGGACGUCAGCGGGCUGGCCAACUUUGUAAAUGUCGUUCUGCUCUACAGUGUCCUGUCGUGUGGCAAUGCGGCACUGUAUAUUGCCAGUCGUAUAUUGUAUGGUCUCGCGUCGAGCGAGCGGGUGAAACGCAAGGGCGUUGCAAAUCCCUUGCUGCGAUAUCUCGGCUCAACUCGGGGGAGAGGGGUCCCGUUCUAUGCGGUCGUCUUUUCGUGGCUUAUUUUCUGCUGGGCCCCAUUCCUUGGCUUUGUGCAUGGGGGCGACUGGGAGAUUCUGGCCAAUUUGAGGCAGUUUCUCUUUGUUACGUCUAGCAUGGCAUAUAUAGUGGUCUGGGCAGGGCUGUGCUUGGCAUUUAUCAGAUUCCGCAGCUGGUGUAACUACUGCGCCGUCGGUCUACGGAAUCUGGACGGGGACAGCCGCCGUCACUAUCGGGACUACGUCUCGAAGGGCCGUAUCGUAACAAAAGGCAUCCUGCCGCAGCCGCUAGCGGCGUGGAUUGGGCUUUUGGGAUGCUUCCUCCUGAUUAUCAUGUCAAGCUCGGUAUGGUGGAAUGUUCUACCAUCGAACCGGGACGUGGGAGGCAUUUCCAAGGCCUGGUCAGUUUCUGUGUAUUUCCUCGAGGGGAUUCUCCUCGCCCUCUGGGCGGUUCUCAAGGCGUGGAACGGAAAUUGGACGAAACCUUGGUGGGUUCCUAGGGAUAUCAACCCGUCAGACCCUGAGAUGCUACGCGACUGUAUAGAUAAUCUGAAUUCGGCCUCAAAGAAGGCGGCUGAAAGGGAACAAGACAGGGACGAACCCCUUGAGUUUGUGGAUUGGGGUAACAAUGGCCCACUGAACGGUCAUCCGGCACGGAUGAAUUCCGCCAUCACAAACAUAGGUCCUACAGAGAGAUCCUAGAUUAUGAGGACGCUAGUUGUAAUUGGAGUAAAUAAGGGACAUAAGGCAUAUAAGCCACAUAA